CUGGGGACCAGGCCUUGUUCACUUCUCUCUACACCACAUUGGCCCAGGAGCUUCCCAGGGAACCAAUGGAGUGGAGGAGGUCGUAUGGACGAUCACCAAAGAUGAUCCAUUUAGAGGCCAACUUUGUCCAGUUCAAAGAGGAACUCCUCCCUAAAGAGGGAAACAAAGCCCUCCUCACUUUCCCCUUCCUCCAUAUCUACUGGACAGACUGCUGUGACACUGAGGUGUACAAGGCGUCAGUCAGGGACAACAUGAUGAGGUGGCAGGGUAACCUGCGGCUCCACGGGUCAGCUGACUGGGUCAUCGUUGUCGUGGAGACCAGCGACGCCAAGAAGAAGAACAAGACCAACAUCCUGCCUCGCUCUUCCUUAGUGGACAAGAUCCGCAACGACUUCUGUAACAAGCAGAAUGACCGUUGUGUGGUUCUGUCAGACCCUCUAAAGAAUUCGUCCAGGUCUCAGGAGUCGUGGAGUGCCUUCCUGCUGAAGCUGAGGACUCUACUGCUGAUGUCCUUCACUCAGAACCUGGGACGCUUCGAGGAGGACAUGCGCACCCUCCGGGAGAAACGCAAUCAGCCCGGCUGGAGCUUCUGUGACUACUUCAUGGUACAGGAGGAGUUGGCCUUUGUGUUUGAGAUGCUACAGCAGUUUGAGGAUGCUCUGCUACAGUACGACGAGCUGGACGCCCUCUUCACUCAGUAUGUUCUCAACUUCGGGGCUGGAGACGGGACCAAUGGGCUGGGUUCCUUCUGCUCCCGGUGAAGAGCUGGACUGGCUUGCUCCUGCGGCGCCCCAUAGACAUGGAGAAGAGAGAUGGGAUCCAACGCGGGCAGGCUAGCUUGCUAGACUUACGCAGCUACCUGUUCUGUCGUCAGUGUACCCUGCUCAUCUUCCUCCAGAGGCCAUGGGAGGUGACACAGAGAGCCCUGGAGCUGCUGCAUAACUGUG